UGCCCCCCCCCCCCCCCCCCCCCCUCUCUCUCUAGCCUCGAUCCUUUCUCUCUCUCUAGAGUAUCUUCGUUACCCAGUUUCGAGAUCAGGGUAUUACUCAAUCCGCAGAAUUGGACCUCGAAUCGUAUUAAUUUUGAUUCGUGGGGUUGGAUUUUUUUUUUCCAUUCUUGAGUUCUUGAAUUUGGGGCGGCCGGUUGUGGGAAUUCGAGGGGUUGUGGCCAGUUGGGGGUUCUUGAUUGCGAUUUCAUUUGAUAAUGCCCGCGACGGAUUACCAGGGCUCGCACAUCGGCCGUUCGAUCCUCAGCCUCCGGCGCGAUCAGGUGGCUGCCCACUCGAUGGAAGGCGGGUCCGCCCACGAGGCCACUGGCCUCGAGGUCGAGCUUGAGGCGUUCCAGCGCCAGGUUACGGAACGGUUCCUCGACCUCUCCUCUGCCGGCCCCGACGAGCUGCUCUCCCUCUCGUGGGUCCGCAGGCUCCUCGACGCGUUCCUCUGCUGCCAGGAGGAGUUCAGGGCGAUCCUGUUCAAUAACCGGGCCCUGGUGUCACGUCCCCCGAUGGACCGGUUGAUUGCGGAGUUCAAUGAGAGGACUGUGAAGGCCCUCGACGUGUGUAAUGCGAUAAGGGAUGGGAUUGAACGGAUCAGGCAGUGGCAGAAGCUGUUGGAGAUUGUUUUGUGCGCGUUGGAAAAUCAGAGGAAUUUGGGGGAGGGCCAAUUCCGCCGAGCGAAGAAGGCCCUGAUUGAUUUAGCCAUUGCAAUGCUCGACGAGAAGGAUUCUGGUUCCACUGUGGCUCACAGGAACCGUUCCUUUGGGCGGAACAACAAUUCAUCCAGGGAUCAUCGGUCGGUGGGUCAUUUCAGGUCGCUCUCUUGGAGCGUAUCGAGGUCUUGGUCUGCUGCCAAGCAGAUUCAGGCCAUAGGGAAUAAUCUCUCCGCCCCGAAAGGGAAUGAAAUUGUGGCAACGAAUGGUCUUUCUGUGGCCGUCUUCACGAUGGCCUCAGUCCUCCUGUUUGUAAUGUGGGCCCUGGUGGCUGCAAUCCCGUGCCAGGACCGCGGUCUGCAAGCCCAUUUCUCUAUCCCGAGGCAGUACACAUGGGCUGCCCCGGUGCUUUCGCUCCACGACAGGAUCGUGGAAGAGUCCAAGAAAAGGGAACGGAAAAAUGCCUGUGGGCUGCUGAGGGAGAUUUAUCAGGUUGAAAAGUGCUCGAGAAUGAUGAGCGAGAUGGUGGAUUCAGUUCAAUUCCCAUUGACUGAGGAGAAGGAAGGGGAGGUGAGGCAGAGAAUCCAGGAAGUGGUUCAAGUGUUUGAUUCCGUGAAGGAAGGUUUGGACCCACUGGAGCGGCAAGUUAGGGAGGUCUUCCAUCGGAUUGUCCGGAGCCGAGCCGAGGGGCUCGAUUACAUGGGAAGAGCAAACAGUCAUGAAUGAAACCUGCAAAGUCUGCAAGACUUUGGUGUUGUAACUGAGAAGAAUGUCCCCUGUUGAGGCUUGCAGAACUGAAAUAAAAGGGUCAGCAGAUGGACUAGCUUGUAAAGAAUCCGCCCCGAAAUUCAUGCAGAGUAAAGAAAAUCGAUUUAGAAUAUUGGACGGACCUUCAUAGGUCCGGUGAUGCUUGCUAUUGCAGCUGUAAAAUCGAAUUUCUUAAGACUCUAUUGUAUCUUGAUACUCUUAUCUAAUUUUUGUUAAACUGGUCUGUCUGGUCCAUAUUUGCAAAGAUGAUGUUCUCAUCAAAUUUUGAGUGAAUAUGCAGUAAAUAAAUUUUGUGUUACCCUUUA